AUGUCACAAGAAUCAAAGAAGAUACUUCUCACUGGAGCGACAGGCUACAUCGGUGGGACUGUACUUGCCACCAUCCUCAAUUCAUCCGCACCAUCGUUGAAAUCAGCUUGUAUUACUUGUCUGCUUCGUGGCAGUGAACGCGCUGCCCAGCUCACAUCUGCCUACGGCGAUCGUGUCAAGCCAGUUCUCUAUGAAGAUCUCGACGACUUAGACCGUACCAUUGAGGUCGCUUCUCAGCACGACAUUGUCAUCAAUACUACCUCAGGAAUGCAUGCUGCUUCCUCGCAGGCUUUGGUGCGUGGCCUAGCGCAACGAAAAAAGUCUCUGGGAUGUGAGGUGUGGAUGGUCCAUACGUCCGGGAUCUCUAACAUCGGUGAUCGGCCGAUUUCAAACCCUAUGCCCACCCAUGAAUGGGACGAUGUCAAAGAUGAUGUGUACACCUUCGAGAAGAAGCUAGAAGAUAAGCACGCUUACCCUCAGCGAACUGCUGAGCUAGGCGUUGUAGAUACUGGUCUUCAGCUAGGCGUUAAGACCCUUGUGAUCAUGAGUCCCAUCAUCUAUGGAAUUGGAACCGGUCUAUUCAACACACAGAGUCUGGCACUAUACACCAUGAAGGCACUAGUGCAAGUGAAAAAGCCAGUGGUGCUUGGCGAUGGAGCGGGAAUCUGGGGUCAUGUGCAUGUGAGGGAUCUAGCUGACCUGUAUGCUCUCGUUGCGCAAGAGAUUAUGGAGGGGAAUGUUGAAUCUAUCCCUAGUGGAAAGAAGGGGAUCAUUUUCAGUUCCAAUGGACAACAUUCAUGGUUGGAAUUGACAUCAGGCUUGGCCGAAGUAUGCUAUAAGAAUGGACUAAUACCGGAAAAGACAAUUACUCACGUAGAUUUGGAAGAGGGGACAGCACUUCUGGCACCGACAAUGGGUUUUACGAAUCUCGCCGAUGAUUCUAGCAACGCGAGAACCUAUGUGGAAUCUGGAUAUGCAAGCAACGCACGCACCGUAGCGAGUGUUGCAAGGAGUCUUGGCUGGAAACCGUCAAGAGGAGAAGAAGCAUGGAAACAGAAUUUUCAGGAUGAUGCUAACAUCUUGUUGGAGGCUAUGAAGAGAGCAUAA